GGUAUCUCUUUCCACUUACAUGUUAUGGUGGUUACGGAAAACCAGGAACAAUUGAUUAUUUAGAAAGGAGUAUAUUAAUGAGGUUGCAUUGGUUGAAUUUCCAAAAGCUAAGUGGUUGGACUUUGGAGUAUGAGACGGUUAAUGAAGUGAAGCACCAGGCAUUACAACAUGUUCACAAAAGAAAAACAACAGCAGAGGAUGUUCAGAGGAAGAGAGCAGGACAACAUUUACUUGUAUCUUGGGCUAAGGAGGGAGGAUCAGAGGUGAAACAGUGGAGCAUUUCUAGGGAGAGGCAGGCAGAUCCAACUAGGGUAGUGCAGGCUGAUCUAGUUGAAGCAACUAUGCUGCAAAUCAAGAGGCUUGGACCAAGGUUGGAA